AUGACCUCAGCCAGCAGGGACAGAUCAUUUGGCACGUGGAACCGCAGUGAUAGUACGGGCAACGUGUACCUCUCGAACAACAACGUGGCGGACAAUCUGGCGAAAAUGUUCUCCCGCACGGCUCCGUCGAGCCCUCGAUGGACACCGUACGGGUCGCGGCACAAUUCGCCCCCAAUGCCGAGCUCUCCGCUUUCGUCUUCGCCACCGCCAUCGACACUGCGCCGAAAUUACUCGAGCACGUUCACGCUGAUCCCGGAGGAUCGGGCCGUCGACACGGUGUCCCCUUCGAUAAUGCCACACAGCGACAGCACGAAUGGCGCUACCCCGAAGAGUAAAGCAACGGAGACACGGCCUCCCAUGCGGCCAUCGAAUGGGCGCAUCAUACUGCGGCUAGUGCUCUGGUGGCCACUGCUGCUGAUCGCGAUCGCUCAGCGUAUCCUCGGCUUUUUCAUGCAGCUCGCCUGGAAACCGUUCCUGAUGGCAGCACCGGCCUUCUGGCUGUCCGCCUGCCUGUGGAUGUUUUGGAAGUUGAUCGCGUUGCCGCUGGCCGGCCUCAAGUGGGUCCUGGUCGCGUUGCAUACACCGGCCUACGAACGAAACCGCAAGAAACGCACGGUGCUGAUCAGCUGCGGUAGCACGAUUCAGACGCUCCACCUGGCACGAAACUUUUACAAAUCCGGCGCGCGGGUAGUGGUGUUCGAAUUCGAGGGCCUCUUUGCGCUGGCACGCUUUUCGACGGCCGUCAGCAAAUUCUACAGCAUCCAGCGACCCACGCCCGAGACGUCCAACGAGUACAUCGCCGCAUUGUGCGAAAUCGUGGAGAAGGAACAGCCGACCCACUACAUUCCCGUGUGCGCCACCAGUCCAGCGCACUACGACGCACUGGCCAAGCCGCAUCUGGAACUCCGCGGCUGCUCCAGCUUCAUCCCGGGUGCCCAGGAGACAUCCGUGCUCGAUGACAUCCUGCAGGUGAUGCGCAAGUGCGAGUCGAACGAAAUCCAGACGCCACCGCAUCGGGUCGUCUCGUCGAAGGACGACGUACAGAAACUGUACGACACCGGUUUUCUGACCGGUUUCCGCAACGUCAUGACCGCAUCGGGCAUGCUCGGACUGCUCGAGCGCAGCAAGUGCGUGCUGCCGGUUGCCAGGCGAGACCUGAAGCUGAACUAUGAAGUGAGCGAGGCGCAGAAAUGGGUCGUCAUACGGGACGUGAUUGGAUCGCACUACGUUACCUGUACGACGGUGAAGGACUCGGCCGUGAUUGCCAACGUGACCUGUGCCAUCCAGGCGGACACGCGUAGCCUCAUCCCGGAGGAGAAUGCCGCCGUCGAGGCGUGGCUGAAGGAGUUCUUCCGCCGUAUCCGACUGCAGCGACCCAUCAACGGCCACAUCAGCUUCCGGUUGGUUAAGUGUCAGUGCAGUGGUAAGAUACUACCGCUCGGGAUCCGUGUCGGUGUGUCGCUGCCGUACAUAUGCUACACCGGAGUGCAUUCGCGGGUACUCUGUAAACCCUGCCCGCACUUCAGUCGUCAGAAUUCGGGUCCGCUGGUACAGGAAGGUGGUCGCUACCUUCUCCACGAGACGGUUCUGAACGCGCUGCGCAAACCGGGCGUCGAUGCGGUGCAGCAGUUGCUCGGAACCGUGAUCGAUCAGCGAGAGGCGCUGUUCGUGUACUGGGACCCGCUUCCCUACUGCGCCUACUACCACUUCCAGUUGCCGUUUAACUCCGUCAAACGGUUCCUUCACAAACGGCAAGCAUCGCGGACAUCCAUGCCGGCGAUGGCCGCCCCGGUGCAGUGA